GUCCCACAAUGCACUGCGCGUUGAGCUAUGACAACUUCCGGCCAGAACUUUCAGGAAACCUCCUCGGCGUUGCGUCAACUGUGAGUUCUGCUGUAAAGGUGAAAGCAAGACAAGCGCAGUAUUUAUAGGUUGUGUUAGCGUGUGUGUGUGUAGAAGCGAUGUUGGUGGCGAGGUUGGCGUGUUUGCGGGGUCUCCCCGUGACCGGCCUGAGGUUGGCUCUGACCCCGAAGAUCCCGGCCCUUAAACCUGCUACACCUCUGAUCAAACCUCAACAGGGUUACUCCACCAGGGCGAGGUUCGGGCUGCGGCGCAGUAAGACGGCCAGAGAUCAGCUCCAGGAGGCAGCGUUUGAACCGGCUACAGACUCGGCUUUUAAAAUUGAUCAGAUGGGGAGGAUGAUUCUGGCGGGCGGAGCUGCAAUUGGACUCGGAGCUCUGUGUUAUUACGGACUCGGCAUGUCCAAUGAGAUCGGCGCUCUAGAGAAAGCUGUUAUCUGGCCGCAGUAUGUGAAGGACCGGAUCCACUCCACCUACAUGUACUUUGCGGGCAGUGUGGGCGUGACCGCUCUCUCCGCCGUGGCCGUCAGCAGGACUCCGGCUCUCCUGGGUCUCAUGAUGAGAGGAUCCUGGCUGGCUAUAGGAGCGACGUUCGCGGCGAUGAUCGGCGCCGGGAUGCUGGUCAGGUCCAUCUCCUACGAGCACAGUCCCAUUCCUAAACACCUGGCCUGGAUGCUGCACGCAGGUGUAAUGGGCGCGGUCGUGGCUCCCCUCACGCUCCUGGGCGGUCCCCUGAUGAUGCGUGCGGCGUGGUACACAGCGGGCGUCGUGGGCGGUCUCUCCACCGUGGCCAUGUGCGCUCCCAGUGAGAAGUUCCUGAACAUGGGCGGGCCGCUCGCCGUCGGCUUCGGAGUGGUCUUCGCCUCCUCGCUGGGCUCCAUGUUCCUGCCCCCGACCUCGGCGUUCGGAGCAGGUCUGUACUCGGUGGCUGUUUAUGGAGGUCUGAUCCUCUUCAGCAUGUUCCUGCUGUACGACACGCAGAAGGUGAUCAAACGAGCCGAGACGUACCCGCUGUACGCCGCGCAGAAAUACGACCCCAUCAACGCGUGUAUGGGCAUCUACAUCGACACACUCAACAUCUUCAUGAGGUUGGUCAUGAUUCUGGCCAACGGCGGUGGAGGAAGGAAGAAGUAAAUCAUCAUCAUCAUCAAAAUCAUCAUCAUCAUCAUCCUCCUCCUCCUUAUGAAGAGAUCAGGACGUGAGAUUGGACUGUUGCUAAGCGAAAGACGGAGAAAUCAAACCCAUUCCUGCUUAUGGGCUUUAGUUGCCGUUUAUAUACUCCAUCUCAAGCGCACAGGACAGCGAGAGUUCCGCGUUAAGGCUAAUUAUAGAUCAUAUUUUCUGUUAUUUAUUUUAAAAAAGAGCCUAAUCCUGUCUGAUCGUAUGCGAUUUGUGUCUGUGUGCAGCACGGUGUUCAGGUCAUAACGUUGUAGUGGCUUCUCUGCUUUAAGCUUUUUUUUUUUUCUUUAGUAAAUAUAGUUAUGCAUCUCUCUCAACCAGAAGAAUAGUUCUCACAGAAAGUGUAAAGAGAGAAAAUCACAUUUAAAGAGUUCAUUCCAGUUCCACUGAUCGUCUCAAAGCAGCCAUUAUUUAUUCAUUUCAUUUAUUGGCAUUUAUUUUACUAUGUAAUAAAUAAAAAUAUCAAAAUAAUAAAUAUGACCAUGAAACAA